AUGUCACAACAACAGGAGUUUCAGGAAGAUAUAUCAAAUACAAUGAUGGUUAAGUUUGGAGUAACCAACGAGGAGAAAGCUGCAUUAAAGUCGUCGUUGUCGCUUCCUGAACUUUUUUCUGAUAAUGAUAAUAUAGAGGAGGAUGACAAUGAUCAGAUAUCCAUUCUGUCAUUACCAACAAAUUAUAAAAUACCUGAACCUGACAUCAAUAAUACUGCCCAAGAGUCUAUUAACAAUAACGAUAACAACAAGAACGAUAAUAAUAAUAAUAAUAGUAUCAUUGAUACAAAUAUGGAAAUUCAAAUAUCUAGAAAUACGUCACAAAUCAAUGAUAACAACGGUUAUAAUAUUAAUAGUAAAACAAGUUCGAUAUUUCAUUAUGCUUCCUCAGAUGAUGUCAGGAGUUUUGUCACUGUUAGCUCAUUGACAGAAAAGAACAAGGAAAGGACUUUUAGUGACAGGACAUCAAAGAAACCCUUCACUUUACUUCCAGACAUGUCAGUAAUAGAAAUGUACAGGAAACACUCUAAAAAGCAAAACAAUCCCAAUGUUUUAUUUCAAUAUGCACAAGAUAUGAUGAAUACUGCAAUAUCUAUCAAUGAAGAUACAGGAAUUGAAAAUUACGAAUACCUCAAGGAACAGUUUUUCAAAGAGUCAAGGUAUUAUUUGAGAUAUUUGUCUUAUAGAGGAUAUUUAGAAGCACAAUAUUAUCUUGCAGAUGCUUAUUCCUCUGGUGUUUAUGGUAGUGUGAAUAAUAAAAAAGCAUUCAAAAUGUUCAGACACGCAGCAAAACAUGGUCAUGUCGAAUGUGCAUUCAGGACAGCAUGCUGCUAUGAGAUGGGAAUAAGUGUUAAGAAAUCAACUCUUAAAGCCAUUGAUUAUCUAAAAUUUGCAGCAAGCAAAAACCAUCCUGCCUCAAUGUUCAAAUUAGGUAUGUACCUUUAUUACGAAGAUAUUGGUAUUACCAAGGAUAUUGAUUCUAAGUUGAUAGGAGUCAAUUGGUUAACAAGGGCUGCAACUGUUGCGAAUAACGAGAUACUUUCACAAGCCCCAUACGAGCUAGCCAAGAUCUUUGAAGUAGGUUACAAAGACUUGAUCAUUCCAGAUGAAAAGUAUUCCACAGAGCUAUAUAUACAAGCUGCAUCUCUAGGAAAUAUAUCAGCAGCUUCCACAUUAGGUCAGAUAUAUGAGGAAGGCAAAGAGGAAAUUGGAAGGAAUCCUGAAUUGUCAUUGAAGUACUACGAGCAGGCAGCUGCUGGUGGCAAUUCUCGAGGGAUGUAUGGAUUGGGUUGCUAUUAUUUGACAGGUUUGAGACCUUAUUUAAGGAAAGAUUUGGAUAUUGGUUUCAAAUGGGUGGCAUCAGCAGCCAAAAGAAAUUUAGCCCAGGCCCAAUACUUGUUAGGGUAUUUAUACGAGAAAGGGAAAGGAUGUGAGAAAUCAAUAGACCUUUCAGUCAGUUGGUACCAGAAAUCUGCCAAAAAUGGAUACGACCUAGCAAUAGAGAAAUUGAAAAGUAUUAGUCCAGAUAAAGAUCUUGACUCUACUCAAAGAAGGAAACGGUUUUCUAUACUGAAUAAUGGAAUUCUCUCCAGGAGAAAAUCAUUAUUUAAAUUCAUUACACUUUCCAGGAGUCCGAAAUUACCUACAAGUAGCACUCUUCCUGAAUUGGAUUCUCAAAUAUCAUUAUCCUCAGGCUUUACGUCAUACGUUUCAAGCACACUAACCAAUUCAGUUCCAUCAAUGGAACAGAGUUUUUCCUCAGUGGAAGUGACAAACAAUGCUGUCGUCACACACACCACCCGACCCAUUCUGACUAGCAAACCAAUGGCCCCAGUGGGAUAA